CUUACAGUUAUGGGCAGCAACUCUCCAGCUUUUCGAGUUGUGGCUUGUUUACUGAACAUCUCUGAAGCGCGAAAUAAAGGAAUAGUAGAAUCAGUUGCUAAUGCAGCACUUAACUUUCCCUCCAAAUCAAAAAGCUUUAAGUGUUCUUCAACAGUUCUGAACAUCUUCUCAGACUACGAUUACAACAGAUCAGUUAUAACCAUCGCUGCUCCGGUGGAAAACAUAGAAGAGAGCGUGUUCCGUGCUUGCCAGGUGGCUUACAAAGAGAUAAACCUGGGAAAACACAAAGGAGGUCAUCCCCGGCUUGGAUCUGUAGACCUUAUCCCUAUCCAUACCAUAACCACAAGUGUGUCUCUUGCAGAAUGCGGAGAGAUAGCCCUAAACCUUGGGAAACGGAUCGUUGGCAAUAUAAAGGAGACUUCUGUUUUUUUAUUCGGUCAUGCGGAUCAGCCUUUAGUCAGAGGACUGGUUGAGAGGCGGAAAGCUGUUAACUGGUAUCAAGGAGCAUACGAUAUGGAUUUCAGUAGGGUAGGGUGGGAUCUUGGCUCCCCUCCCUCGCAGAGGUAUGGUUGUACUGGAGUUGGUGCUAUUCCGUACAUCACCAAUUGCAAUGUCACUAUAGACUGUCAGGACUUGCAGCUAGGAAAAGAGAUUGCCAAGGCUAUCCGUGCAACAACUCCUGGAGGUUUGGCUGGUGUGCAAUCAAUGGCAUUUGAACAUGAAGGAAGAGUUGAAAUUGCCUGUAAUGUUGAAGCUUCAAAGGAACUUUCAAGUGAAGGAAAUUUUCAAUACACACAUCCUGAAGAGAUUGAAAAUAGAGUGAAAGAAAUAGCUGCAAAGAAAAAUGUCAAGUUAUAUGGGACAAAGCUUGUGGGAUUUACCCCAGAUGAAGCCUACAGAAGAGCAGUUAAUGCUCUUUGUGAAGACAAUGCCACUGCUUGGAAAUGUUCUACUGAAUACAGAAUGUGAGGUUUAUUUGUGAAAACCUUUGUUCUUCAGCAGAGUAUUUUGAGAGAAAGUGGUACAUAGUUGUAGUCUCUUUGUUGUGGCUGAAAAGAGUCUAGAAAUAACAUUCACAUUUGAUUAGAGAUUAGAAAUGAGAAUGGAAAUAUGAUAUUGGGGAUGGUGAUGGUGAUUGUGUAAAUGGAAUUCCUGUCAACUCUCACACACUGGGCAGGAUUCUUACACCUGCAGGUUGAAAACUCCCAUCUCAUCACCUGAACAUCUUCAAAAAUAUCAGGAACAUCUUUGGAAAUUUCUUGAUUAUUUCAGAUAUGAUAAAAUCCCCUAUAAAAUGCUGUCGGUCUAAAUUGAAGAUAAAAAUCUCAAACAACAUUGAUUGCUUGAUGGAGAAAGUAACAGAAGAAAGUGAUGGCUAUACUAUUGUCAUCUGCCCAGUGGAUAAGCUAAUUAUUAAAAAAAAUUUUGACACA